AUGAAGAGUGGUAACAACUUGGAGGAUUUACAAAAGUUUAAGCGAGAAGUCAGUGACAUACUAAAGAAUGCAAAAUUCCCCAUCCAUAAAUGGGAAUCCAACCUGCCCGAGUUAGAAAGUGAAGACGUGGCGGACCUAAGCAGGAUACUUGGUCACAUUUGGCAAAAGGCGCAAGAUACCCUGGAGGUUAAUGUCGAAUCUCUUCCGGAUGACCAACUAGUAACAAAGCGAAAAAUGCUUCGCCGAGGAGGUAUUUACGACCCACUCGGUCUGACAUCACCUACUGUUGUCGAAGGGAAACGGUUGUACAGAGAAGCGUGCCAGUCGACCGAGGAGUGGAACAUCGAAGUGCCAAAACCGCUUAGGAAGGAAUGGCUGAAAUGGAACAGACAAUUUCAAACUGUUCGAGUACCAAGAAGUAUUUCAACGAGCGUGAGAAAGAUGAAGGCUGUACAUCUUCAUGUAUUUUCAGAUGUGAGUAAUAUGGCAUGUCAGCCGUUACCAUCGCUGUACGUGGUGGAAGGUAUCACUGGAGUGGUAAAGGGACUGCUGGCAUCCAAGUCCAGAAUCUCAAAGCAGAAUACAACCAUCCCCAGACUAGAGCUAGUUAGUGGUCAUAUGGCAGCAAACAUGGUCAAGAAUUUGUGGAGAGCUCUGAAACACUGGCCUAUUGUUUCUACAACUGUGUGGAUGGGAGUAUGGUGGCAUUGUAUUGGAUCACCAAGCCCGGGAAGCAGUGGAAAGUCUUUGUUGCGAAUCGCGCUCAAAAUAUUGCGAAAGAAAUUUCGAACGAAGUUGGUAUAACUUGGAAAUAUUGCCCAACCAAUAAGAACUGGUUUGGGGAACAGAUUUGGCGAGCGGAGGAGCUGGAGUGGGUAAACUAGAGACGGGGUAGUGGUUUACUGAUCCUGAUUGGUUACUUGACGAACGGCAGUGGCCAGAGCAACCAGAUUUAAUGAGCUCCAAAAAGGUUAAUAGCAAUGAACAUACGCCCUUCCAAGUUAACGUCUUUUACAACAAGGAACUUAACCCGGAUGAAUGGACGAUGUUAUUGACAAAGACCAAGUAUUGAAGAACGCUGAAAUUACAGCCUGGGCACUGAGGUUCUUAGACAACACCACCGCCAGGCGCCGCGGGAAAACUUGCAGGCCCAAUGACAACGGAAGAGAUCCGGCGAAGAUCCAUUGGACCGAGAAAGUGCAAAGGAACAUUCCAGAAGACCUACAAACCUCAGAAUUUGAACUAACGAAAGAAGAAGAGACAGGAAUUCUCAAGUGUAAAAGCAGGAUACAAGGCUACCAACCUACGUACAUCGAAGGAGGUUUGUUCGCGGAGAAGCUGAUCCUACACAUGCACGAGCAAAUUCUACAUCUAGAAACCGCGAACACUAUGGCUGCUAUAAGACACGAAUGGUGGAUACCAAAACUAAGGUCCAAAGUCAAGACGAUUAUCAACACAUGUACGUGCAAGGUUUACAGAGCCAAACCAUACGGACCUACGAAUACUGCCGCGAUGCCCACAUUUCGUACCGAAGAAGGAAGACCCUUCUAGACAACAGGAGUUGAUUUUGCGGCACCCUUGAGCUACAAGGUGUGCAGAAAGGAACUGGGUAAAUGUUAUAUACUAACAUUUACCUGUGCCAGCACACGAGCUGGACACUUAGAAAUGACGAAGUCGCAGACAGCUGAUGAAUUCCAGCGAAAGUUAAAUACAUUCAUCACGAGAAGAACAAGACCAGAGUUGAUCAUUUCCGACAACGCCAAAGUAUUUAAAGCUACAGCAAGUUGGAUUAAAGAGAUAAGAAAGAGUGAGAUCCUACAAGACUACCUUGCCAAGCAAGACAUAAGCAAGACAAAUCCCCUUGGUGGGGAGGAAUGUAUGAGAGACUGCUCAAAGACGUGAAGAAGACUCUUUACAAGACGCUGGGCAAAACAAAUAUUGCGUUCGAACAACUCGAAGCAGUAAUCGUAGGCAUCGAGAGGCACCUAAAUAACCGUCCUUUGAUUUACGUUGGAAGUGAUGAAGAGCAAGUGUUAACAUCAAAUAUGAUAUGGGGACAGAAUUGCUAUAUUCUAGAGAACGAUGAUACACAAGAGGAUCUUGAUAAGAUGCUCGAGCAAACGCUUGUACACGGCAAGACAACACGCAUGGGAACGGUGGGAGGUUGAGUAUGUUCACAGUCUGAUGGAGAUGUUACACACAGGACACCACAUCGGAUAGUGAUGUUACACAAGGGACACCACAUCGAAAGACCACUUCAGCUAGUACGUUCAUUAGAACUGAAAGGCCCCAUUGAUGUAUAUAUGUAGAGAAUGAAUCCGCGAAGACCAAUCCUGAUGAUGGGAAGAAGACAAGAAACCGAAAAAGUGCAGCUGAGGACGCAAGAAAAAAAAUCAAACAGCUUGCUGAGGAUGAGAAGAUUUAA